CCAUUUCAAAAUCGUCUUUUCUAUUGAGGUUAUAUCGUACCGUCAUGGCUAAAACACCAGCUCCUGCUUAUGUCAUAGUUUUGUCCGCCUACUGACCAAUCAACGCAUAUCCCGUCCCCCGUGCAGCAAGCCCCAAGGUGUGGCUGGGAGUGGCGGUAGCUCGACAUGGUUCCUCGAUAUGACCACCAACCGAGGCCGCCACCCUUCAUCAGGUCCAACACCAAGGCUUCAUUAGUCUCCCCCUCUCCCUCAGUCGAAGGCGACGACGAGCGCUCGUAUAGCGACCCCAGUAUGGGCCCAGACGAGGGACAAGCAUGGGCCCGUGAUGAGCCCGAGUAUGAGGGAGAAGAUACUCGUACAACUAGCACCAAAGAACUGGCAGGAUGGUUUAGCUAUGGAUGGGCUGCUGAGGUCUUCGUUGUCUGUGGUGUAGGCUCAUUUAUUCCCAUUACCCUUGAACAGCUCGCGCGCGAGCGUGGGCAUCUCCUUUCAGAUAGUACCAAGCCUUGUACAAGCCCGGAUUUUCCAGCCUCUGGGGCCUCCUCUGGAGAUUCUAUGCAAUGUGUUGUUUCGAUUUUGGGUACUGAAAUUAACACGGCGAGUUUCGCCAUGUAUACCUUCUCCAUAAGUGUUGCGCUCCAGGCUUUAUUAAUCAUUUCCAUGUCUGGGGCGGCGGAUCAUGGCACCUAUCGGAAGACGCUCCUCCUUUCAUUCGCUUUCACUGGCGCUGUUGCGACCAUGCUAUUUCUUCCGAUUGUUCCUGGUGUCUUUCUACUUGGUGCUCUACUGGCCAUCAUUGCCAAUACAUGCUUUGGCGCUUCUUUUGUGCUGCUGAAUUCCUUUCUUCCCCUUCUUGUCCGUCAUCACUCUUCUCUGCGGUAUACUCCCUCAGAAGGCUCAAUCAUUGAGUCGGCCCCUGACUCGUAUGAACAUACGCGUAACACGUCAUCGCUUGAUGAGGCCCCUGGUGAAGAUGACGAAACAAUUGAUUCUCGCGCUGCUCUUUUGCCGGAAACCAGCGAUUCGGGCCAAGAAGAAAUUGACUUUGCUGCAGCAACAAGUGCUGAGCUGCGACUAUCCACGACCAUUUCCGCAUAUGGCAUCGGAAUCGGGUACACCGCCGCCGUGCUUGUGCAAGUUCUUUCAAUAGUCAUUUUAAUCCUUUUAGAAUCGACAACGUUCGCUCUCCGCCUCGUUCUCUUUGUCGUUGGGGCUUGGUGGCUCAUCUUCUCUAUCCCGGCAGCCAUGUGGCUUCGGCCACGCCCGGGUCCUCCUUUACCUGCAGCUCCUGGUGGAAAGGCGCGCACGUGGCUUGGCUAUUUUGUGUAUGCGUGGAAGUCACUGGGCCGAUCAGUAAUGCAUGCUCGGCAGCUGAAGGACAUUUUACUUUUCUUAGCAGCCUGGUUCCUGCUCUCUGAUGGAAUCGCAACAGUCAGUGGAACAGCUGUGCUUUUUGCUAAGACCCAGCUGGGCAUGAAAGCCGCUGCCCUUGGCUUGAUUAACGUAAUCGUCACUGUCUUUGGAGUACUCGGAGCGUUCACAUGGAGUAAGUUGUCACGAUGGCUGAACUGGAGCCCGAGUCAAACGGUUCUCGCCUGUAUCUGCCUCUUUGAGCUCAUACCCCUAUACGGUCUGCUCGGGUUUAUUCCUGCCAUUCGCCGUUAUGGAGUUUUCGGCCUGCAACAACCAUGGGAGAUGUAUCCUUUGGGGGCUGUUUACGGUUUGGUUUUGGGAGGAUUAUCCUCCUAUUGUCGAAGCCUUUUUGGUGAACUUAUCCCUCCAGGGUUUGAGGCUUCCUUUUAUGCACUCUAUGCUAUUACCGACAAGGGGUCUAGUGUCCUGGGACCUACCAUCGUAGGAGCUAUUACUGAUGCCACUGGAGAAAUUCGGCCGGCCUUCUGGUUCUUGGCUGUCCUCAUCGCCCUCCCGGCACCAGCUAUGUGGCUCGUUGACGUUGAGCGUGGUCGCAAAGAAGGUGCUGCAAUAGCUCGAGAACUUGAGGGACGUGGUUAUCUUGACAGGUCUAGGGCAUCGGAUGGUGGCGUUGCGGGUGACCACAUUGUCAUGAUUGACGAAGAAGCGGAAGAGACACAGGGUGGGACAUAGCUCGCCAAGUGGUGUGUAUUUACCUUUGGGAUGUUGGAUGAUUAUAUGCAAACGAACUAUCAUGUCUAUAUAAAUUAUUUCUGCUGUCUCUCGUUAUUCAGCGCCGCAUUGCCGAAAAUAUUUCUAAUUAUAUCAUGCUUUGCAAGUUUACAGCCGUUCUGUGUUGGACAAUGUGGAUGGUUGUAAUCAGCAUGUCUGUCGUUCCACCUCCAUCGGUGUUUAGAUUAGAUGCCCAAAAAGAGAAUCCACUGGAC